UCUCGCCUUUUGGCAGCGUUGCUGAUACGCUCCCAAGUCUCAAGUAUCCUGAUCCCGAACAGAGCAAGAGUGGAAGAGGCAAGCGAUGGACUCCGACGACGACCUGCGGCCGGAGGAGAUGGUGCCACUGAGCCAGAGACCGGAGUGGUCGGACGUCGUUCCCGUCCCCCAAGACGACGGUCCCAAUCCGGUGGUGCCCAUAGCUUACAAGCCAGAGUUUGAGGAGGCAAUGAACUACUUCCGCGCUCUCUAUCUCUCUGACGAGCGAUCCCCUCGCGCCCUCCAGCUCACCCACCUAGUCAUCCUCCUUAAUCCCGGCAAUUACACUGUUUGGCAUUUCAGGCGUCUAGUACUUGAGGCACUCAAUGCAGACUUGGAUGAAGAGCUGGAUUACGUUGAACGGAUUGCUAAGAAAAACAGCAAAAACUAUCAGAUAUGGCAUCAUAGGCGGUGGGUUUCUGAGAAAUUAGGGACUUAUGCUACAGCUAAGGAACUUCAGUUUACCAGGAAGAUUCUUUCCCUUGAUGCUAAAAAUUAUCAUGCCUGGUCCCACAGGCAGUGGGUACUGCAGGCUUUAGGAGGAUGGGAAGAUGAACUUGACUACUGUGGGCAGCUUCUUGAAGAUGAUGUGUUUAACAACUCUGCUUGGAAUCAGAGAUAUUUUGUUAUAACUCGAUCUCCCUUCCUUGGAGGCCUAAAAACCAUGAGAGAGUCUGAAGUGAAAUAUACAGUUGAGGCCAUUUUAGCUAACCCUGAGAAUGAGAGCUCAUGGAGAUAUCUUCGAGGCCUGUACAAAGGGGACACCCAAUCUUUGCUUAAUGAUCUUCAAGUCUCUUCUGUAUGUUUGAAGGUUUUGAAUGGCAAAACCAACCAUGUAUUUGCUCUGAGCAUGCUCUUGGAUCUUCUCUGCCAUGGUUUUCAAGCAAACCAAGAGUUUAGAGAUGCUGUUAAUGCUCUGAGGACAUCAAAUGCAGAUCCACCAGAGACUGACUUGGCUAAAGCAGUAUGUUCUGUCUUGGAGCAUGUCGAUCCACUGCGAGUUAACUAUUGGAGCUUUCGCAAGAGCAAGCUGCCAGUGUCAGCCUAACUAAUUAUUGGGUUAAGCAUCAUUGUGGCUUCUUGGGUUGAUUAGUUUUCAAGGAAUAGAUUUGCAGAUGUGAGGACACGGUUCUGAAUAUUCAUUUCUUGUAAUUUGUAUUGUGAUAAAACCCUAUUUAAUUCAACUUUGAGCAUACAAGCGUGUAUUUUCGACAGUCAAUUCACUGUAAGAUGACACUUCAAAAUUGAGUAAAUCUUGUACUGUAGUUGUUACUUUUA